UGUUCUCUCUCCUCUUUUUACAUUCUCAUUUGCCAACAUGAGCAAGAUUUCCCGCGAGUCUCUCCGUGAGUCCGUCCAGCUUAUCAUCAAGGGUUCUGCCGAAGACAAGCGCAAGUUCCUCGAGACCAUCGAGCUCCAGGUCGGUCUGAAGAACAUUGAUCCCAACAAGGACAAGCGUUUCUCUGGCUCCAUCAAGCUGCCCGUCAUCCCCCGCCCGAAGAUGAAGGUUUGCAUCCUCGGUGACCAGCAGCACCUCGACCAGGCCCAGGCUGCCGGCCUCCCCACCAUGUCCGUCGACGACCUCAAGAAGAUGAACAAGAACAAGAAGCUCAUCAAGAAGAUGGCCAAGAGCUACGACGCCUUCCUCGCCUCGGACUCUGUCAUCAAGCAAAUCCCCCGUCUGCUUGGCCCCGGUCUUAACAAGGCUGGCAAGUUCCCCACCCUCAUCAACCACACCGACGACCUCGUCGCCAAGGUUGCCGAGACCAAGGCCACCAUCAAGUUCCAGAUGAAGAAGGUUCUCUGCCUCGGCGUUGCCGUCGGCAACAUUGGCAUGACUGAGGACGAGCUUGUUUCCAACAUCAACAUCUCGAUCAACUUCCUCGUCUCGCUCCUCAAGAAGAACUGGCAGAACGUUCGCUCGAUCUACAUCAAGAGCUCCAUGGGCAAGCCCCAGCGCCUCUACUAAACACUCACUUGCAUGCUCCUACCAGCAAGGCUCGAAGAUGGAAUGGUCCCCAGGAAUGCGUGACGAGCGGGAGAGGGCGGAGACUUGAAUGUUCGCUUGUCCCCCUCCUUUCUUUGUCCUUUCGUCGCGUUUUUAUUUUCUUUCUUCAAGUUUGUGUGUUUUGUUUGCUCUGUCCCUGUUUCUCUUUUUCUCUCAACCCCCCUUUUUUUCACAUUUCUUUUUGCCGAACACAAAAACAAAUCGGAACCAAAGCAAUUUGGUUUUCGCGAGGGACUCCUUUCGCACCUUGCGCUAGUGAUUACCAAAGCGUCUCUGUUUCAUUCUAGAGUCGUUCUUGGGAGCGGAAAUCUUUCUCAUGGCAAUACACUUAUUCUUCUUUUCCA